AUGACUUCACUGCGUAAUAUACGAGUUCUUUUCAUGUUUCUUCUUUUAUUUAUAAGUAAAAAUGUAAUCGGCUAUGUGAAUGAAAAGGAGAAUCUUGAGGAAUUAAAAUAUGUUGUUGAGAGUAAGGAAAUGUUCGACAAUUUAACAGGAUUAGAAAGGUUAAUAAUACAAACAUUAAAAUAUGAUAACGUGCGAUUACCAGUGUUAAACCCAAGUCUUGAGGAAUACCUGAAUAUGUCUAAUUUUAUGAUAGUUACACAUAAUAUUAAUAAUAAAAACGAAACUAAACUGGUUGUACCAACUCCAAAUGCUGAAAUCCACGAUUUAAUAAAAUAUGAACACGUUACAAAGCAGCAAAUAAUACAAAGGUAUGAUUCAGAAAAUUCGGAUUCGAUUAAGAAGAAGUUGUUGCUUUUGAAGGCAUUAAAAAUAACGAAACUUAUGUUAAUACCUAUGUAUGCCUAUGAGAAAACAAAAGACUUAAAAAAAUCACUAGAAGAAUUGAAUGCUGUAUUUUUUCCGAAAGAUGAAGAGCUCGGCAAGGAAAAUUCUUAUCAAUAUUCCAAAUCGUAUUUUGAAAAAAUUAUAAAUUAUAUUAAUGGAGUAAAAAAGAAGGAAUCCAAAGACAAUGCGUAUUCAACUAUAAUAAUUGGUGAAGACCUAUCCAAAAUACAGAAGUCUAGUGAUUUAUUUUUUACGACAAAUGAUAACAUUGAAUUUAUGAGCAAGUUAGAUAAGAUAGCCGGUCAUUUUGGAAUAGCAAUGUACAAUUUAGUUGGUUCUAAUCUUAUAGGUAAACUAUUUGCAGCAUUGGGACAUUUCGUUGUUCUACAAUUAGCCCUUAGGAGAUAUGAUCAAUUUUUUAAAUUUGGAAAAGUGAGGUUUUUUAAUUGGCAAAAAAUUUUAAGUUUUAGUGCGACGGAUAGGUUUAAAGUACUCGAUACAAUGUGUAAUGUGCAAGGUUUUCAGGAUGUCCAAACAAAACGAAGAAUAGUUUAUUUGAAGGAUGACAGAAAAUCAACGUUUGAUGAGUGUAAUAUAUUAGAAUUUUUAGUUCAUUAUUUUAAUAAAUACCAAAGCUCAUUAGUUUCGGGUUUAUAUCAAGAGGACUUUAAAACUCAUUAUUUGCAAGAGCACACUGAUAUAAGGAACGAAUUUUUCAAAUUUAUGUGUAAUGAUAUAAAUCACUGUAAUAUAUAUAGCAGCAAACUAUUUUUAAGUGAAAAUGAUUCUAUGAAACCGUUGAACAGUGACACUCCUUACUAUAAGUCGAUAAGUGCAUACAACUUAUAUACAAAUUUUUUCUAUUUUACAAGACGUUACACUCAAUUUACCCCCAACCAUAUUUUGUACGUGCACUUUUUAAACUUAACUGGAAUUUUAAGUAAUUUUACAGGCGUUGAAAAAUGUAAUUCAAUAGAAGAUUCCCCCAAAAAAUCGGCGAAUAAUGAUAGCUCAAUCGAAGAUUAUGGUCAAAGCAAAUCAACGAAAUGUAAUUUUUGCAAGGGAGUAUUCACAUAUAUAAACUCGAAGCACGAAGAAACACCGUCUAUGUUGCAAAAAUUUUUCACUUUUGUUACAAAAAUUAUUAACAUAAAUAGCGUAAGCACAUUAGUAAGAAAUUUGAGUGUUUAUGAAGAAUAUGACAAUUUUUUAACAAACGAUAUCAACUGGUACACAUUUUUACUGUUACUGAGACUUACGUCCUAUAAAGAAAUUGCCGAAAAGGAUGUUGGAGAAGCUAUGUAUUUAGAUUUGAAGAAAGAAGAUAAGUUUAAUAAAACUGUUACAACGAAUUAUUGGUAUCCAUCGUAUUUAAAAAAGGCAUAUACUUUGUACGUACGAAAUAAAUUGGCUAUCAAUCUAGUACUUUUAGAGUUAGAGAAUUUACUAAAUAAAGGAACAAUAGAGAAAAUGAAAAAAUGUGUAAGGUUUUUGCUUCACGUAAAUUCCUUUUUACAAUUGGAUUUUUUUCACAACCUAAAUGAACCAGGACCUAGAGAAAAUCGCAUGCAUCCACUGUCUAUGGUACUUGAGAAUCAAUUUGCGCUAUGGAGUUCAUCCUCUAGUUUAGGUUACUUUUUUUUAAAUUAUGAUGAUCCUACUACAAGAAAACAAAUGCAUGAAAAACUCAGAUCAGAUAGAAUGGUAAUACCUAAAUUUUAUAAAGUGUCUGUUAUGUUAAAAAGGCACAUUACGAAAGCUUAUCAAUCUUAUUUUAAUCAGAGGCAUGUAAGGAAUUUAUACGAAAAUUAUGAUACUUUUAAUAUAAGUAAUAAAAUUAUGUUAAUGAAAGAUUCGUACGAAUCGUAUUUAGAGAAUUACCAGGAUAUAAUUUUUUAGCAGAUAUAUUUAAUAUAAGAAAAUAUUUGACUGCCACUCCCAAAGCAAAAAGAGUUUCAGACAGGCUAUACUAUUAUAUUCAUAACAUUUUGGGUAACUCUGUAAACUUCUAUAAAUAUGGCAUGAUAUAUGGGUUCGUGAUUAAUAAAGAAUAUUUUAAGGAAGUUGCAAAUGAACUGUUUUCAAUUUUUAAAUUGAACCAGCAUAUUUUUUCGGAUAUUUCUUUUUUGGAAACUGUUUAUUUACUCAGUAGAAAAAUUGAAAAUAGUUUUAACGUGCAAAGGAGAAAUGAUAAAAUAAGUUUUUCAAACGUUUCCUAUUUGUCUAUAUAUUUUUAUUUAUAAAGAUAAAUACAUUACAUGAUCUCUAUCAAUUUCUUUUUUAUUUUACAGAGUAUUAGCAAUUUGUUUUUUCUAAAUGUCUCAAGUAAUUACUCAAAAAUGAGCAAAGAAGAAAGGUUAGAAGAUUUAAAUAAUUCUAUGGCAUCCAGAUUUUUUUCAAAAACAUUUUUUUCCACAUUUCAAACAAUGUUUGUUUCAAAAAUAAGUAAUAAAGCAGAUAAGCUUGAUAAACAAUACGGAACUGCUAAUAUGCUAGGGGUAACAUUGAGUGAAAAGGCAUUUAUGAAUUAUGCAUUUAUCUAUUAUGGUAGCAUAAUGGAUAAUGUAACAAAUAGUCUUCUUCCUAUAUAUGCCAAAAAACCGAUAGAACAAUUAAAAUAUGGAAAAACAUUUAUUUUAUCGAAUUAUUUUAUGUUAUCUUCACAAAUAUUUUCAUUAUUAAAUUUAAAUAAUUUAAGCCAAUUGUGUGAAUAUCAAGCUAUAAGUAGUUCUAAUUAUUAUUCUGGAAAGAAACUUGGUCGGUUUAUUGAUAAAAAAAUGAUAUUUAUUGUUGUAUAUUAUUUAAAUUUGAGAAUUCAAGGAGUUCAAAAUACUCCUAAUGAUUUUAGAGACUGGUGGAAUAUUAUUUCAAAUUUUCAUAUUUUUCACCCUUCUGUUGCUGUUACUGUGCACAUGAUGACUAAUUUAUAUUUCGACACUCCAAAUGCUUUUCCCUUUUCAAUGGGUGCGAAAUUAGGUGAACAAACUGAGCAUGUGCCAACUCUAAAACCAAGUUCGAAACCAUUUGUUUUUGGAUUCACAAAAAUGCUUUGGUUGGAAAUACUUAAUGGAUUGUCUUGCGCUUUUGCUCUGUAUCCUUUUGUGCGUUACUAUGCUUUUCAGCAGAAUUUUGUUUUUUUUUUCGUAAACCCAUUCCGUUUUAUGGAUAGGUUUAAUACUCCAGCUGAUACUUAUAUUAAAAAUAUUGUUCGAAUAUAUUUCAGAAAAUAUACGACAGAUGAAAUAAUAAAG